GUGUGUGUCCAGCCCAGCUCCCUCACUGAGCCAGAUCCUCAUCUCCCCUGGUAGUGGGGCUCAGCCUAAACCUGGGACACAUUGUUGGGCCACCAGCGCUCCCACGUUAGAACCUGCAUUGGAGAUUAUCUCCUAAGCAGAUACCCCCUUCCAAACUGGGGAUGAAGGGCUUGGAAACUAGAAAAUGCCAGGUCUGAGAGGGAGAAAAGCACAAGGGCAGCAAUACACAGAGCUCUGUGUAUUCAGAGGGAAGUUGGCAGGGCUGUGUUCGGGCAGAGAAACUCCGAGUGGUACAAAGGGACGUGCCCAGAGUGGAGAAAUCAUGCUAAUUUUCUGCACCAGAGCUGGAGAACGCCACCCAAAAUGAAGAGAGAAAGGGGAGCCCUGUCCAGAGCUUCCAGAGCCCUACGCCUCGCUCCUUUUCUCUACCUUCUCCUGAUCCAGACAGAACCUCUGGAGGGCGUGAACAUCACCAGCCCAGUGCACCUGAUUCAUGGCACUGUGGGGAAGUCAGCCUUGUUCUCUGUGCAGUACAGCAGCACCAGCAGCGAUAAGCCAGUAGUGAAGUGGCAGCUGAAGCGGGACAAGCCGGUGACCGUGGUGCAGUCCAUCGGCACAGAGGUCAUUGGCACCCUGAGGCCUGAUUAUCGAGAUCGUAUUCAGCUCUUUGAAAAUGGCUCUCUGCUUCUCAGUGACCUGCAGCUGGCCGAUGAGGGCACCUAUGAGGUCGAGAUCUCCAUCACUGCUGACACUUUCACGGGGGAGAAGACCAUCAAUCUCACUGUAGAUGUGCCCAUUUCGAGGCCACAGGUGCUGGUGGCUUCGACCACUGUGCUGGAGCUCAGCGAGGCCUUCACCCUGAACUGCUCACAUGAGGACGGCACCAAGCCCAGCUAUACCUGGCUGAAGGAUGGCAAGCCCCUCCUCAAUGACUCUCGAAUGCUCCUGUCCUCCAAUCAAAAGGUGCUCACCAUCACCCGUGUGCUCAUGGAGGAUGACGACCUAUACAGCUGUGUGGUGGAGAAUCCCAUCAGCCAGGGCCGCAGCCUGCCCAUCAAGAUCACCGUGUACAGAAGAAGCUCUCUUUAUAUCAUCUUGUCUACGGGAGGCAUCUUCCUCCUUGUGACCUUGGUGACAGUCUGUGCUUGCUGGAAACCCUCCAAAAAGUCUAGGAAGCAGAGGAAGCUGGAGAAGCAAAGCUCCCUGGAAUACAUGGAUCAGAAUGAUGACCGUCUGAAGGCAGAAGGUGAGCUCCCAGCCACCCACUCACCCAUGCCAUCGCCACUCAGAUCAGUGGGAUGCUGGGAAAAGGCAGAAAUGGGCAACAAGGAGACCAGCUCUGCAGACCCCCUUCCUCCACCAACUGCUCGAAGACUGCAGAGCAGGGAAAGGUGCCGCCCAGCAGACACCCUCCCGAGAAGUGGGGAACAGGAGCGGAAGAACCCCAUGGCACUCUACAUCUUAAAGGACAAGGACUCGCCGGAGCCGGAGGAGAACCCCGUCCCGGAGCCUCGGAGCGCGACAGAGACGGGCCCGCCCGGCUACUCCGUGUCGCCCCGAGUGCCCGGCCGCUCGCCGGGGCUGCCCGUCCGCUCUGCCCGCCGCUACCCGCGCUCCCCAGCGCGCUCCCCCGCCACCGGCCGGACGCACACGUCGCCGCCCAGGGCCCCGAGCUCGCCCGGCCGCUCGCGCACGCUGCGGACUGCGGGGGUGCACAUGAUCCGCGAGCAGGAGGAGGCCGGCCCGGUGGAGAUCAGCGCCUGAGCCGCCCCGGGACCCCCGGGAGCUGGCGCGGCGCGAGCGAGCGGGG